AUCUCAUUUUCUUUUAUCUUUCUCUCAAUUCAUUCAUCCAUCUCUACUCUCUAUGCAAUAUCAAAUCUCCUCUACCUUCUCCUCCUCAAAUCUCUCUGCUAUCUCUCUCGCUGACAUGGCUGAGGUUUUGCGUCCAGAGAUGUUGGAUAUCUCCUCCAAUGACAACACUUCUUCAUUAGCAUCUUCAACUGAGCUUCUUCAUGUUCUUGCUGUUGAUGAUAGCAUGGUUGAUCGUAAAUUCAUCGAGCGGUUGCUUAGAGUCUCUUCUUGUAAAGUUACUGUUGUUGAUAGUGCUACAAGAGCUUUACAGUAUCUUGGCUUAGAUGGAGAGAAUAGUUCAGUUGGGUUUGAGGAUCUUAAGAUUAAUUUGAUAAUGACUGAUUACUCUAUGCCUGGGAUGACUGGUUAUGAACUACUCAAGAAGAUCAAAGAAUCAUCAGCUUUCAGAGAAAUACCAGUGGUGAUUAUGUCGUCAGAGAACAUCUUGCCUCGAAUCGAUAGAUGUCUUGAAGAAGGGGCUGAAGAUUUCUUGUUGAAGCCAGUGAAACUGGCUGAUGUGAAGAGAUUAAGAGAUUCAUUAAUGAAAGCUGAGGAGAGAGCUUUUAAGAAUAUGAUGCACAAGAGAGAUCUAGAAGCUAAUGAUCUAUACUCGCAGCUAAAACGUGCAAAGAUCUGAUCGAGCUUAUCGGAUUCAAAGAUUCACACACACACUUGAUGCUGCUUGUCCUGAUUCUUUUGGCUUUUAACAAUUUUUGAGACAUUACUACAGCUUUCUUUUGGCUGAUAGAAUGAGGACGACUGAUGAAGAGUGACAAAGAUGGGUUUAUAGAAAAUGUAAAUUGUAGACUUGGGUUUGGGGAGGGAUACAUUAUUAUUAUUUUUUUCUUUUACAUUGAGAUAUGUAAAAUGGUGUUGUUAUUUUUGGAAGUUUAUUAGGAAACGACUCUUCUUCUUUUCUCGCCUUCACUUACGUGGAAAUUGCGUUGUUCA